AUGUUCUGCUAUCUUUUUGCUCUCUUCACGCUGCUAUCCACUGGGUUGGCGCAAUUUCCUUCGACUUGCCCAGCAGCUGUGAGUUCUGGACCAGGUGGUCCAUUGGGGAUCUGUCCACAGGAUUUCACCAUCAUCGGUACAACGCUGCAGCCAGUUCAUGAAUCGGCUCAGGCACCGACUGGGCUUGCUGUCGACCCGUCGCUAAACAUCUACCUAACUUACCCUCGAAAUUCUGGCCCAACCGCCAAUAACGUGGUCAUCGCCACUUCAUUCACAGAUGAAAAGCCGUGGCCUAAUGCGACCAUCCAGAAUUGUACGGCGACACAAGACCCUAGCACAUGCUUUAUCAAUGUACAGAAUGUGGUCCUGGAUAGUGUGAAUCAACUGUGGAUCGUCGACUCUGGGAUAAUUCCAGGGAACCAAAGUGCAACUCCUGGCGGCGCGAAAAUCAUGAGCUUUGACCUAAAAGGUAAUCACUUGCGGACAUAUGUCAUCCCUACCGACCUUCUUCAUGAUAACAUGAAUGCCAACGAUGUUCGAAUCAAUAACACUGUGGGAGGGGGGAAAGGAUACGCAUUUCUCACCGACGAGAGCAAAUACGGUAGUAUCUUGAGUAUCAACUUGACCGACGGAUCCACAAAUCGACGCUUGUUCAACACGAGUGUUGUCAAGCCAGAUCAAAGCUACGUUGGAGUAUAUGAUGGCCAACCAAUUUAUGCCUGGAAUGGCACAGACAGGAACUCCGGCUCGAUUGGCAGCGAUGGCAUUGCUCUUGCCAGCGGUAACGUCUAUUGGGGCGUUUUAUCUAGCCGUCGCUUCUAUUAUGUGAGCCAGGAAGGGGUGAUUGACAAAUCCAAGACCGACGAAGAAGUCUUUGCUGCAGUCCAGAAUCCAGGGCAAUGCGGUACUGAGCAGGCUGGCUUUACCGCCGAUGACAAUGGUCGCGUGUACAUCCUUGCAAGUGAACACAAUGCCAUUUUCUACGUCGAUACCCUGCAGAGUCAGGUGAAUGAGACGGUCAAUGGAACCCCUCCUGGUGGUACCGCAAAGGUACCUGUGACGGCAGAAAACUAUGUGGUGAAAACACUGGCGAGAAGCGGUCUGAUCCAACACGCUGACAGUGCAGCAAUCCUGGAUGGAUGGCUCUAUUUCUGUACAAAUCAGCUCGAGCUCGGUCCUCGCUUUCAAUACAAUAAUACGGACAACAGAAGAGGUCCGUUUCGGAGUUACAGGACAUGGAUCGGAGCGGGACCUGCAGUGUGA